UAUUUGUACAAUUAUACUCCUCUCUAAACCAAAAAAAUGUUCCGUUAUUAUUCCAAAAUCCCAAAGCUUUACUCCGUAUUUCCUUAAUCAACAUGCCUUAUCGCUGCUCACCCGCCUACAAUAGGCAAUGAAAAGAAAACCUCAUAUUUUUUCCCAUUGAAGCAUUUCAUCGAACAGGUGGUGUGCAUACUAGUAUAUGACAAUCUGAAACGGCCUUUCGGUGAAAAGCUUGAUUCUUUCUACUAAAGAUGUGAUCUUUACACAGGAACAAAGAAAACCCAGUUGCCAAUUUAAUCAGUUUUUCCUCUUCCCACAAAAAUUUGAAGUGUUUUUGGUUUUAUUGGAGAGAGAAAAUACAAGAGUUUCUGGGAAAAAAUGACAAUUAUGAGUGGUUUAGGGAUAGUGUUAAGUAUAGUAUUUGGUUGUUUAUUAUUAGCAUUAAUUGCAGAGCUUUACUAUCUUCUAUGGUGGAAGAAACAGAGAAUAAUCAGCAACACCAACAACAACAGAGUUGAACAAGAUUACAGUAAUCAUGCGAAAGAGAUGUUCUAUCUAUUCUGUUGGGAUAAACCCACAACAAUCAACACCACAGUUGUUGACAACGCAGUUGUCGGAAACCCAGAAACAGAUAUUGAAAUGGGGUUAGAAACAAGAAAAGAUCUGCUACUGAAGGCUCUAGGAGAAGAAGGUGUAGACUCAGACAUCAUGCGGCUAGCAGGGCAUCCGAGAUUCUUGUUCACAAUCAAGGAAGAAACAAAGGAAGAUUUGGAAUCUGAUGAUGGGAAAUCAAAGGCUAGUAGGAAAGGAUCAAGAACAAGGAGUUUGAGUGAUUUAAUCAUGGCCCUUGAAACACACUCACCUUACAACAAUAACAACCUUAGUCCUAACAUCUCUUCUCCUAAUAAGGCAUUGUUGUUCAACAACAGCAAUAAUUACAACAACCCGUUGUUUGAAACAUCAGUUGAAGCUGAAAUCAACAGAUUGAGAUCUUCACCACCACCAAAAUUCAAGUUUCUGAGAGAUGCUGAGGAGAAGUUGUAUAGAAGGUUGGUUGAGGAAGCCCAGAAAAGUGGGGUUUUUCAGGAGGUUAUUUUGGAGAAUUCACUUCCUGAACAAGGGGAGAAAGAGAGGGGUAUUCAUUGCAAUUCUCAGGUAACUCCGUUGGCUUCUUCUCCUCCAAAAUAACCCUUGUAUUAGAUCUUCAAGGAUUAGUGAUUAGUGUGAAUUAAUUAAUUAAGCCUUUUUUCUGCAUAAUUUUGUUCCCUUUUUUAUCGAAUUUCUGUUUCUUAAUUUAUUAAAAAAGAAAAAGGAUUCCUGUAAGAUAACCUCCUUUGUUAUCAUCAAUAUGGAAGAGUUCUGGGAUUUCCUGAAACAGAAAUAUCCGAUACCCUCCUAUUUUCAGUGUUUUUGUGCAAAAGGGUGGCACGCUGUUUUUUUCUUCUUCAAAAUUGGAAGUACCCUCCUAUUAUCAUGUGUAAAUACCAUUGUUCUAAUUUGUAUAAUCUUGCUAUGAAUUGUAUGAAUUUUUGCUAAAUUUGUACAGUGACUA